AUGCGCUUCUCAAUCGCAUCGUCCCUUCUCUACCUAACGAGCGUGGCUAGCGCCGCCUCGUCCUGGAGCUUUACUGAUGGCACUGUCGCUGUCGGCCCUAGGAAUGCGAAGGAGGUUACUGCCAGAUUCGCCAGCCAGAAGCCAGUCAAGGAUGCCAUUGUCUUGGGUCCUACGGAUACCGUCACGGUCUCAUUGACUACGACAGAGGGUGAUCAGGCGAAGCGACCUCACCAAGCCUUCCUCAUCCUGAAUGAGGAGACCGGCCUUGAGGCGCCUUUCCCUCUCAAGAUGAAGACAUCUGGAAAGGGCACAGUCAAUUUUGCGCAAAAGGAUCUCCCCAUCCAACUCCUCUCCGACACCCCCAUCAAGGCCUACCUCGUGCUUGGUUCUUUUGGCUCUUCCGACCCCCUCAUCUCUCCCCUCUUCGAAGUUGAGAUCCGUCUCGAUCCCAACACUCCCCGACCCGAGUACACCGCUCCCGUACGAUACGGCCCCCGAGCUGGGAUCGACCACAUCUUCAAGGUCGGCGACACGAGCCCUCCUAUGGUCAUCUCUCUUGUCUUUGUGCUGGCCAUUGCCGCUAGUGUUCCUGCUCUCUUCCUUGGCUGGAUUAUACUUGGUGCCAAUGUCAACCACCUGCCCAAGGCUUUGGGUGCUGCACCCAUCUCCCACGCCGCCUUCUUUGGCUCCAUCGUUGCCAUUGAGGGAACGUUCUUCCUCUACUACACUAAGUGGAACCUUCUCAAGUCUCUGCCCGUUGUCAUUGCGCUUGGUGUCGUUGCCCUUCUGAGCGGAAGCAAGGCUCUGAGCGAGGUGCAGACCCGUCGCAUUGCUGGCGAGAGGUAA